AUGGCCAACGUGACUGCUCCGGCGCCUGAAUCAAAUUCAUCUCCACCGGACAAAACAGCAUUAGACACUUCAUUAAUGUCAGAUUUUUCUUCUUCACCGACCAACACUGAUUCAUCUCCUCCGCCACCUGAAUCAUCUCCUCCCGAUGAAUCAUCGACACCACCUCCACCUGAACCGUCAGAAUCGCCUCCACCUCCAUCUGAACCGUCAGAAUCUCCUCCUCCUCCUCCCCCACCUGAAUCAUCAGAAUCUCCUCCACCGCCUGAACCGUCGUCAGAAUCUCCACCACCACCGUCUGAAUCGUCAACAACUCCUCCCCCAUCGCCUGAAAAGUCAAAAGAUGAAUCUUCACCACCUCCUUCCAAAAAUCAUGAUCAUGAAGCUUCCCCGCCAUCAUCUUCAACAGUUCCAUCGCCACCUCAGCAGACGAAUUCUCCUCCAUUUUCAGAACAAACACGGCCACCUCCGCCGGCUGUUAAGUCUUCGCAUUCGUCGUCAAAGGACAAGUCCCCUUCUUCGGGUUCGUCACGAACAUCUCACCCAGGUGGGUCAUCGGGAAAUGGGUCAUCUUCAGAGAAUACGGGAUUGAUUAUCGCAUUAGCAAUAACCUGUAUCAUCAUUUUCGCGAUGGCAAUCAUCGGGGUAAUUUGUUGUAUGAGGAGAAAGAAGAGAAGAACGCCGUGGCAAUUUAUAUGGGAAGAACACGGCGGGGGGUGA